CCAUGAGAUUGUUAUAUGCGCAUGUAGUGGCUCGCGGGGUUCUAAAUGGGACAAUGUGACGGGUCGGAAGUGACAGCCUUAACCGUGUGCGGUUAACGAUUAAGCCAGGUACGGGCCGUUACCGUUACCAGGCAUGCAUACCGGCACCCACGCAUCAGGCUGCAGCACACAUUAUAACGGAGUGCAGGAUAUGAGACAACAGUUUUGAGGCGUUCAGCAGUGCGCUCUGUUCAGCGUCUGUUCACUCGUCUCCUCUGUGGACUUCUGCGUUUUAGGUAAACAGCAGCCAGAGCGCUGAGGGGAAGUGUUCUCCUGUAGGGCUGCUCCGUAACUAUAUCCUUGUGCUGCAGACCUUUAAAUACUCCUCAUAAAAUAGCCACUUGGUGAAAGGUGAGACCUUCCCAGCCCAGGACACGGUCUGGAGCGAGCUAGUCUGAAAGCACCGUCAGAGCGCGUGCAGGACUGACCUGCGCUCUUGGAUGACUUUCUGAAAAGAACUUCAGGCUACUAGCUGGACCUGCAAUACUUCAUGUACUUUUUCAUACCAACUUUUCAAGACUUUUUGGUUACCAGUCGUUGUUGACCAGAUAAACAUUGGUUUGUUUGUUUUUGCUCUCUUUGAAAAAUAUAUAAUUGUUUCAUUCUUCUAUACAUCUGCCUACGGUGCUUACGCAGUGAAUGGAGGACAUACUCCAGCUUCUCCCGAAGCACCGGCAAAUUCUCUCACACGCCUGGGGGAGAGCAGCUACUCACACCUGCCUUUGCAGGAGUUUAGUUGAGCUUUCAAAACGUUUUUUACCACUUAAUUUUGCAUUCAUGACCACACCUGAGUGCCACUCACCAGCAUUCUUUAAUGGGAUAAAUUCACUUGUGAGAUCAGGUUAUUAAAAACCGAUCAAGGGAAAUCUAAACCAACCAUCCCACACCUUUUGGCCAUAGCCUAUAUUUGUCAUUCAGUCUACUGUCUCCAAAAGCUUCCGCAUGGUACUUUGGUCGAAAGAGCAAGACCAACCGCCGGACACCGACAUGUCCUCCAACGGCUCUGUUCACCCGGCCAUCCUCACCGAUGACCCUGAGGAGAUGAGACCGGAGGAGAUGAGACCGGAGGAGAGGGGCGAGUACGAGCUCACAGAAGUGACAUCCUUCACAGACAGGUCUGGUGAACCGGGAGAUGAAGGCCGGGAGAUAGUGGUGAUAGACUGCAGGGCGAAUGCCAAGGGCCAGCGCGAGGAGGACGCUCUCCUGGAGAAUGGCAGCCAGAGCAACGAGAGCGACGACAUAAGCACUGACCAGAGCCCAGAGCCACCAGUGCCGUUAAAAGAGACCUCCUUCUCCAUCGGCCUCCAGGUGGUCUUGCCAUUCCUGCUGGCCGGGUUCGGGACGGUGGCGGCGGGCAUGGUGCUGGAUAUUGUUCAGCACUGGACGGUGUUUACAGAGGUGACGGAGGUCUUCAUCCUGGUCCCAGCGCUGCUGGGGUUAAAGGGCAACCUGGAGAUGACACUGGCUUCCAGACUGUCCACAGCGGCUAAUAUUGGUCAGAUGGACUCAGCCAAGGACAUGUGGAAGAUGAUCGUUGGAAACCUCGCCCUCAUCCAGGUCCAGGCCACGGUAGUAGGGUUCCUGGCGUCCAUCGCCGCGGUGAUCUUUGGCUGGAUCCCAGAAGGGAACUUUAGACUGGGACAUGCUAUCCUGUUGUGUGCCUCCAGUGUGGCAACCGCAUUCAUCGCUUCUCUGAUACUAGGGAUCAUUAUGAUUGGUGUAAUCAUUGCAUCCAGGAAGGUGGGCAUCAACCCUGACAAUGUGGCCACGCCCAUCGCUGCCAGUCUGGGAGAUCUGAUCACCCUCUCUCUGCUGGCUGGCAUCAGCACAGGACUGUACAAGGAGCUGGAGUUUAACGACUAUGCCAACCCGUUGGUGUGUGCUGUGUUUGUGGCGCUGACCCCUCUGUGGGUGCUGAUCGCUCGGAGGAUCCCCUCCACCAGAGAGGUGCUCUACUCAGGCUGGGAACCUGUCAUCAUUGCCAUGGCAAUCAGCAGUGUUGGGGGUCUGAUCCUAGAUAAGACCGUGUCCAACCCCAACUUCGCUGGCAUGGCUGUCUUCACUCCUGUUAUCAACGGUGUGGGAGGUAACCUGGUAGCGGUGCAGGCCAGUAGAAUCUCCACCUAUCUGCACAUGAAUGGUAUCCCCAUGGGAGACCCUGACCCCAACCCCAGGAAAUGCCCCACCCCCUGCACUUCCUUCUUUGGUUCCAAUGUGAACUCUCGUUCAGCACGGGUGCUCUUCCUCCUGGUUGCUCCAGGUCACCUGGUCUUCCUCUACACCAUCAACUCCAUGCAGGGAGGACACACCACGCUAACAUCCAUCUUCAUAGCCUUCUACAUGGCUGCUGCAUUACUGCAGGUGUUGAUCCUGUUGUACCUGGCUGACUGGAUGGUCCACUGGAUGUGGAGUAGGGGGAUGAACCCUGAUAACUUCUCUAUUCCUUACUUGACGGCCCUGGGAGAUCUGCUGGGGACCGGCUUCCUGGCCCUCUGCUUCCAUGUCCUCUGGCUCAUUGGAGACAGAGACACUGACGUGGGUGACUGAACACGCACCUGGACAGCAUACAUACACAGCAUCAAUUCGGGCUCAUCGGAAACAACCUGAACAACUGAACUGUACAGUAUCUCCCUCUGGACAUCGGAACAACUGAAUCACUUUCAGACCCAGACCUCAACCCUGACCCCUUGACCUCCAAUCUCCCCCCAAACCCCUCCCCCUGGGUCACAGACUAUGCCAUUUUUUCUUUAUUUGACUAAAUAAGAGUUUUACUACUAUUGUUUUUAUUGUUAUUACGAUGACAAUGAUUAUGAUUAUUAUUGUUAAUAGUGAAUUUGAGAAGAAUCUAUAUCUGUUUUACCAUUGGGUGGGUGAAUCCUCAUUAUUUUCAAUGGGGACAUUCUCCCUUGGGCCAGUCACAUUUGUAAAGAUGAGCUCAAUCUUAAAGACUUGAAAUGAAGACAGACAGACAGCAAAAAAAACUCACACAAGCCUAGAAUGCUUAAUCACCAAGUGCUAUACGUAUAAAGAGAUUAAUACAUUUUUAAGGGACCCUUCCAAUUUGCCUUGCCUUGAGAGUAGUGAUUCAGUGGGGGCAGCUCCACAGGGGCCCGGACCAGAAUGUAAAGACCUGAAUCUGCUUAGAUAACAACCCCCCAACCCUGUUAAAGGAUGACUGAACACUAACCGGAAAAGAAACAGGAAGAUUUAAGUUGCCCUUAAGCACAGAUCUAGAAUCAGUUUACCCUCUCCAAAUCCUAACCUUAACCAUUGGGGAGGGAUGAAAACAUAACUGACCCUGUAUCAGUGGUAAGAGGCAACCUCAACCUAGUCCAUGGACAUAGAUCCUGCCAGAUGGUACAGUCAGGUGCCACAUUAUGUUUCAUAGGUCACCAAGGAGGUGCCAGAUCGUACUGUCAGGUACCACAUUAUGUUUCAUAGGUCACCAAGGAGGUGCCAGAUCGUACUUUCAGGUACCACAUUAUGUUUCAUAGGUCACCAAGGAGGUGCCAGAUCGUACUGUCAGGUACCACAUUAUGUUUCAUAGGUCAACAAGGAGGUGCCAGAUCGUACGGUCAGGUGCCACAUUAUGCUUCAUAGAUCACCACCAAGGAGUUGCCAGAUCGUACGGUCAGGUGCCACAUUAUGUUUCACACUCAGUUGGAGGGUUGUUUUUUAAAUUAAAGUCUACCCCAAUUCUUGCCAACCAUGUCCUUAGUGGUCCUUGAGGCCUCAACGCUCAAUAGCAAGGUUUCAACACCCCCUUGUUGUACCCUGAAUCCUCCUAAAGGGCUACGAUUGUGACAUUUCUUCAAUUACAUUUGUUUCUUCUUUGUUUUCACACAAACACUUAGACAGAAAAUUGUGCUUUGUUUGUCAGGCUGGCCAUCUGUUUGUGGCAGCCUGUUGGUUACACACACACACAAAACUCUGCUUAUCGCUGGAUUCACUGAGGUUAGAGUGGCUUUACUGGGAGGCCAGAGGGGGGUCAGAGAGGGUAGGGACAGAGCACUUAUUGAGACAGGAUGUCACCUGGAAUGGCCUCUAUCUAGUGCAAGGACUUAGGAGCAUAUGUUAAAGGGUGGGGAAAGUUAUCCACUUGAUCACGCUGCUGCCUAAUGCUGUAGUGACAAGACCUGUUUGGUGUGUUCUGAUUAGAAGGCUUUAAUGGGCUUCAUUAGUUAGUGAGGAAAGACAGGAUGUUGAGGGAGGAAUUGUCAAACCAAUAUUGCCUGCUUAGGAAUAUCAUGCAAACAUCUCGCUUGCUCUUUCUGUCUCUCGCUCUCUCAAGCUUUCUCAAAUGGUACAAACAACAUCAGCGAUCUUCUUGAGUUGAAGCAACUCAAGGCCUGUCCAUGCUGACUACCACACUUCCUUACUGUCUGUUGUGCAUUGUACAUACACACUGUGCAGCUGACCUACAAUAUCUGCCACAGACGCCAUGCUUCAAAAUGGCCUCCUAUCCUACCCACCUUUACAUACUGUCAGUAUAGACACUCUAAUUCUCGUAAGCAGCAGAGCCCAGCUUGAUGGUGAAAUGCAUGUGUUAUCAUCUGAUGCUUUGUUAUCUGGUGUUCAAUUUAUAUGUUGUUUUAAGGGGCCAGCAGAGUGCAUGUGCAGGGCACAUAACAUGAAUAUGCAAAACGUGUGCAUUAUGAGUUAAGUUUCCUUCUCUUCAAAAGAUAAUGUAUCCUUCUUAGGUUUGACACAAUUUACAAAGUGGAAGUUGUGUCCGUUAUUAGAUGUAUUCUUUAAGUUCAUAAUUUUUCUUAAUCCUUCUGUGAUCUUAUGUGUUAGAGAAUGAUUAUGUCAUGUUUAUGAUUGAGAGCCCCAGUGGGGUUUAGUGUCACUGUUGGAAAGUACUGUAAUAUACACACACAGGCACCAGAGUGCAACAUUGUCAUAUGAGUGAAUAUGAGACAGUGCUGAUAGUGAUAGAGGCUGUUCACUAUUAGCUUCAUCUAGAUUAUAGAACCUGUAUCCAAGAUUCUAAUGUAGAACCUGUGUUUUCUAGAUUCUAGAAUUUGUAUUUUCUUGAUUCUAGAAUCUGUGUCCAUGAUAGAAUUACAUACCUUCUGGAUUCUAGAGCCUGUAUCCAAAAUUCUAUUCUAAAACCUGUCCUCUGUAUUCUUGAGGCGGAACCCUGGAUCUAGAACCUGGGUUCUCUCUGCUGUCUUACUGAACCUGUGCCAUCGUUCUGCCCCAGUACGGAUAAGAGGUUGUGAAGUCUUCUUCAGGGGAAGGAAUGCUUUGUCUAUUUAUUUUUAGAUGCACACAAAGCAAAUUGUAUAUACUAUAUUUAUUCUAUAAAUAAGGUGUUUAUUUUUCAUUUAAUUUUGUCUUGGUUCUGUCGCUGUUUUUGUAAUUGUUUCUCAUUUUAUUUUUUUGUUCAUCCUUUUUUGGGUUGUAUCCAGCCAGUAGAGCUUCAGCGCUGCUGCGGUAGAUUAGCGCCUAGGCUAACAAACAACAGUGUGGGUGCCUAAUAUCUGAUGAACCUCACACACCUUACAUCCCUUGCCCUCGGGCAGGGACCCAAACAUAGAAGGCCUUAACCAAUCAGGAGCUAGGCUCACCACAGAGUAGAAUCUCUCUAAUUAGCUUUUAUUAAUAACUGACAUACCUUGAUUUGAUGUUGUAAUGUAAUGAAUGAAUAAAUAGUCUAUGAGAGAGCCUGCAUGGUUGCAAUGGCUGCAGUGUUUGGGAAUCACUAAGGCCAGAACCUUCAAUUGAGAACAUAAAUGAAUUGUUGAUUAUUGUAAACAGAAGGCUCUGACUCGAACAGACUAGUGGUCAGACAACACAGAGGUAUAACAGAUGGAUUAUUUCUCUAUAACCACAUUCCUCAACCCUCACCUCCCAGACACACACACACACACACACACUACUAGCACAAAAUGUCCAUACAGAUAUAUUGGUUACACACAAACACACACGCAUACACUUUAUUUGGAACUGUGUGCUCCCCCUGCUGUCCCCCUCUGUAACCCUGUAACUGUAGUGGGGUUCACAAUCUGCAGGACUUUAUAAAUUGCUGGAAAUAAAGGACUAUAUUAUUUUGUACCACU